AUGACUCUUGAGGAAGUUCUGAUCCAGAAGUUCGCUGAGCGUGCCCAGUGCACCGGCAAAGCACUAGAGGAAGUUUUGCUCUCUGCUAAAGAAAAUGACUGCCUGACGGUUGGUGUCUACGAGUCUGCUAAAGUUAUGAAUGUUGACCCAGACAGCGUGUCUUUCUGCGUUCUGGCCACCGAUGAGGAGUGGGAGUGUGACAUUGCUCUCCAGAUCCACUUCACCCUCAUCCAGUCUUUCUGCUUUGACAACGACAUCAGCAUUGUCAGAGUGAACGACAUGCAGCGCCUGGCUGAGAUUGUUGGUGACAAGACUGGCCAGCUUGAAGAUGCCCACUGCUGUCUUAUCACGAACCCAGCUGAUGGUUCUUGGGAGGACGCUGCUCUGGAGAAGCUGCACCUGUUCUGUGAGGAGAGCCGCAGUCUGAACGACUGGGUUCCAGAGAUCACCCUUCUUGAGCGCUGA